UCAUGGGAAGUGUAGUUCAAGUCAUGGCGUGUCUCUGCGCAUUCAGCAGAAGCUGUUCAGAUCCCUCCUGUAAUUCAAAACGACCACCAUCCCAGCAUGCGCAACUGAUGGACACAUAUGGCGGAGAGCAAUGACUGAGGAUUUUGAUGAAGAAGUUGUGUUCGAGAAUUCUCCACUGUUCCAGUAUUUGCAGGAUUUAGGACACACAGAUUUUGAGGCAUGUACUCCCGUUUCUCAAGAGGAGGAGCCCGGCGCUGGAGGAGAGGAGGCUCCGUUUCCUCAGGAUAUCCUCCAGUCCCGUACAAAGAGUGGUGUUUGGAGGCUGGUUGAUGCUCUGCGGGGUCUCAAUCCUCUGCGUCGAGACAGCGCCACCCACUGGCAGGAGCAGCAGCUGGAUUCUGCUUUCCGCCAGUCAUCUCUGCGAUGUCUGCUGUCUCAGGAUGUCCUGCUGCAGGAGGACGUGGAGCUGAUCGAGCUGCUGGACCCCAGUGUUCUCUCACUGGGCUCUGCUGACACUGUCUGUCCCAGUGCUGCUGUGCCUGCACCGCGCUGCCUCUCCACAUUCUCUAUAUGGGACGUGUCUGUUCUGGUUGGGCUGCUGUCUGUCCUGCUUGGCUUGUGUUUUUCGUCCUCUGACCUCGAGCCGUCUCUGUGGCUGUGUGUGUAUCUGCUGUGUGUUUUAAGUGUGUGUCGUGGUCUGUGUCUGUGGCGUAAAACUGAUCUUCAGCGUCGUGUUCAGUCUCUGGCCGUCCAGCUGGAGGAUCUAGUAAACAACAGCAGAUCCCUGACCAGCCUAUCUCGCAAAUCACUGCGCCUCAUCCAGGAGACAGAGGUCAUUUCACGAGGAUUCACACUUUUACUCGACAGGGUGAGUGGCGCCUGUCCCUUUAACAGGGCGGGGCAGCUUCGCAGUCAGCAACUGAUUGGUCUACGGAAGGCAGCCUAUCAGAGUCUUCGCUGCGCGUUCAGAGCCUCACGUCUGGCCACAUGCGUCAUGCUCAAAUCAUUCCCGCUAAACUCUGAGAUUGAUAACGUCACCAACUAUGUGUCCACGGUGCCCAUCAGAGAGCUGGGGCUUGGACUGGGGGUCGAGCAUCUAUCUGAUGAACAGGCACAAGAACUGACCAAUGAUUACAGCCUGCCUGCACUUAAGAUGUUGUUUCAGCUUUGGGUCGGUCAGAGCUCUGAGUUUUUUCGCCGGUUGGCUCUACUGUUGUCUCCAGGUCGAGAGGAGCAGGACUCCAGACCAUGUCCCGUCUCCUACAGCAGCAUUCCGCUCAUCACUGAUGCUUUGCAUCGCUCUCUGUCCUCCUGUCUGGCAGAUCUGCAGCGCAGCUAUGAUUUCCAUCGCUACUUUGAGACGCAGCACCAGCCGAUGGCUUCAGGACGACACAGACGAGCUCAGCAGAAAUGCAGGGAGCUCAAUUCACUGCACACGUCUGUCCGCAGCCUACAGCUCCACCUCAAAACAUUGCUCAAUGAGGUGAUUAUUCUGGAGGAUGAUCUGGAGAAGCUGAUGGUGGCUCGGGAGUCAGACGAGGUGACUUGUGCAGGUUAUCAGGAGCUGAAGGAGCGUCUCCAGUUGCUCCAACCACACAUGCAGGCCAGCAGCUGCUGUUGGGAUGACACCAUCGCGCAGGUGGAACGAAUGCUGCGCCGAGUCUCCAGCUGCCCAGAAGGCUCAGAUCAACCAGAGGAAACAACCGUCCCAGAUCCCCCUCCUUCUGCCCCUAUUACACACAUACAGGACAGAGACCCCGUCCCGGAAGAACAGGAGUUGGAGGCGUAUGUGUCGGACUCAGACUCUGAUACGGAGUGGAGAGGAGGAUCUGACAUGCUUUCUCCAUGUGAACUGGAGCGUCAGCGUCGAGAACGCGAAGAGUCCAGACGUGUUUUACUGGAGCUAAAGUCCGUUCUGGGAAUACGAACGUCAGAUGGAGAGAGAGACAAACGCAAACUUCUGCUGUUCAGUGAUCAGGCUGCUCUGGCUCCGUUUGCCAAGGACUCUUCAGAGACUGGCACAAACUCUUUAGAUACAGAAAUUUCAUUGGACUCGACGACCGCCACAAUCAACCAUGUCUCCCCACUUGACGAACAAAAUAAAAAUACUCCACAAACUGAAACCCUAAACGCACUAGAGCACGAAAACCAAGCAGUGACUGAAUUCACCUGCGGAGAUUCAGACUCGACAGCAGCAGCUAAAGACGCCAUUGAAGAAACUCCACAGGAAACGCAGCUCUUCCAGUCGGACGGGCUCAUAGACGCCGGGCAUGAUGGGAUACAUCCGCUUUCAGCCCGAGUGCCUACAGUAUCAGUGAUGGACAGGUUGACUGAAAUGCACGGCACAGAAGCGAUCAGUUUUAGCUCUGCUUUGGCUGCUCAGGUAGCGGCACGUUCACAUACGUUCACAAACAUGCAGGAAUGCACAUAUGAGGACUCAGACGAGGAAGAGGAAGCAACAUCACAGCAGACCAGAGAAAGUGAGGACGACUGAAAAGGCAGGUUAUUUAUUUUCAUCUAUUCAGUUUGGUAUUUAUUGAGUUUGAUUUCAGGUCACAGACAUCAUUGGAUGUAGCUGGUGUGUGUUUGGUUGUUUUCAAGUGUGUUUAUUUGUGUGUUUGGGGAGGUUUGUGUUUACUCUGCUCCUCAUGACUGCCCUCAGGUACAGACUGAUACAUGCUAGUAUAAAAAAUACAAAGCAACAACUAAACAUAUUCUAUGUACUCAAAAGUGUCUGACUCUAACUCAAAAGUACAUGUCAGGUUUUAUUAACUGUAAAUGAAGUUCUUAAACAUACAGUUCUUAAACGGCAAGUUCCUAAAAAUGCUUUAAAAUUUGGUUAAUCUCACGAAUCAAAUUUGACCCCAGAAUUCAAAUAGAUGUAAAUUACAAAUAAAUUAGCAUAAAGAAUACUCAUACUCUGCCUCCAAAUAAAUGCCUCCAAUAAAUCUUUUGUUUUCUUUUUGUAGACAAUUUUCAAAUAUACUGUGUAUAUUUCAAAUUUCAACUAAAGUUUGUGUUUUUACAUUUCCGUAAUAAGAAUAUAUUUCAUUAUUUUGCAUUUUUGGUAAUCAGAACAAAAUUUCCUUUAACCUUAUAGCGGUUGUGUGUGUGUGUGUGUGUGUGUGUGUGUGUGUGUGUGUGUGUGUGUGUGUGUGUGUGUGUGUGUGUGUGUGUGUGUGUGUGUGUGUGUGUGUGUGUGUGUGUGUGUGUGUGUGUGUGUGUGUGUGUGUGUGUGUGUGUGUGUGUGUGUGUUUUGCAUUGCAGAAAUGACAGUUUCUUUACAUCAUUAUAUCACUGAUGAAUUGAUAUCUUCUAAAUUGCAGUAUUUUUCCUCCUUACAUAUUUCACCUAUUUAAUUUUUGUAUUUUUUUCUAAUGAGAAUUUUGCCCUUCAUUACACCACUAACAUUUUUAUAGAUUUUUUUUUCCCAUUGUGGUAAUGAGACCCCCUCCCCGACCCCCACCCACCCCUUCCACACAUUAAAGUAAUAAUUAUUUUGUUAAGUAAAUUCAAGUAAACAAUGCGCACAAUCCAAUUAAAUCUUCAUCUUUUCAAAAAAAAAAAAUAGGCAGAUUUCCAUUAUGCAAAUUUGUAUUAAUAUUGUUUUGUAACAUUCAUCCUGUUAACUACGACAAGAUAAAGCUAAUUCUGUCGUCCUAGUGGCUGGCAUGAUGUCCUCAAAAAAGACUGCAUCUCUCCAGCAGCGAAGCCUCCUUUCUGAACGUUUGUUUUUGUGAGGUCGUUCUUUAGAGAAAUAAAUAGAUGCCCUCGUUUCAUUUCUGCUUCAUCAAACUUUGACACACACAACUGUUCACACGCAGCUGGAGUUUCAUCACGGUGACCUUCACAAGGUUAUUAUUGUUUUAAAGUAAGUGACAAACAUUUAAAAUAUAUUUAUCCAUUAAAAACUCUACAGUAAAAAUAGAAAUAAACCUAAUUUUUGUCUGGUACUUAUUAAAAUAACUUUUUUUUAAUUAAGUAAUGCUCAAGGCUGACAUAUCCUUUCACAUAAAACCAUUUUUAAACUCAAAUUCACUUUUAACACUGUGGGAAAAAAUACCAAGCGAACUUAAACUUGCCUUAAACACUUUCCCCUUGUAAGGACUGUUGCACUUUACGGUUAAAUGUUAUGAGACCUGGAAUGUCAUUGAGAAAUGUUGCUAAAAAAGAGAGGAAAAUCUCAGAUAUAAUAAUGUUUGUAUGUAAAUUAUAUGAUGGUUUUCUUUGGUCCAAUAUUCCUGAGUUUCCCCCAUGCAUAUGUGCAUGAUUUCAAACACUUGUCUUGGCCUGGCAGAGACUGUCUAUGUGUGUUUGUCUUCACUCAGCACCAGUUUUGCCUUUUUUUAAAGGGUUAUAUUUUUUUCCCUUCACUCCAAAAGUGUCAAUCUUGCAUUUCAUUUGUGAAAUAAAGUAUAUGUACAAAUA